UAGUAUUAUAAUAACACUGGUAGAUCCUACUUUUCUUUUCUCACGACAGAUGAAGGUCUAGAUUCAGAUAUGUACAUGUGCACCAUUAAACUACACUAUAAAGGUUGGUGGGUGUUUGAGCCGGAGAUGAACUAUGUUAGUGGACAGAUAGCUUAUUAUGACUAUUGUAAGGGAAAUGAAAAUUCUAUCAUUCAAAUGAGGCAGUGUAUGAAAAAGUUGAAAGUCAAUGAUAGAAAAGUGAAAUUUUGGUUCAAGUUUGGGCCUCAUUUUGAGACAAACAUAAGACUUUUAUCAACUGAUUUAGAUAUAUAUAUAACCUUGUCUACGAAAUACCCGACAGUAGAGAGGUGGAGAUAUUUGUCGAGCACACAGACAAGGAACAAUGGAACUAUGAUGUGGUCGAUUUUGAGGGUAGCCCACUACACGUCGAUGAAGGCUUGGUAGAUGUGGAUGUAAUAGAGAAAGGUGAUGAGAGUGAUGCCACAAGUGAAGAAUUUCAGUCAUUUCGUGACUGAUUAUUCAUUGGAAGAAGAUGACAUGAUUUUUGAUAAAAACAUCGACUCUACUGUAGAGUGGGUUGGUUUUAAUGUGAAAAGUAGAGAUAACCAAGUUAAAAGAAAAACCAUGGAGCUUGGAGUUGCUUCAAACAUGCUGGCUAUGUUUCCCAACGACACUCAAGGAGAUGAUUGUGCUACAUCAGACGAGGAAUUAAUGAGUUUACAUGGAGAUUCUGAUGAUGAAAAUCCUAAAAGAUCCGCUGUUUUUAAUCCAGCUAGGGAUUUGGAGGAUCCAAAAUUUAAGCUUGCACCUAAUAUGAUAUUCAGUAAUAGCAAAGAAUUCAAGUGGGCAGUUGAGGUACAUGCUGUGUUACAAAAAAAAGACAUCAAGUUUAAAAAGAACGAAAGUACGAGGUCCAGGGCAAUUUGUGAGGUGUCAAGCUGCAAAUGGUUCAUAUUUGCUUCAAAGGCUAAUCAAGAUGAACCUUUCAACAUCAAGACAAUAGGCCUUGACCAUUCUUGUGGCAAUCAGAGAGGUAACAAGACUACUGACUCUGGAUUUUUAGCUAAGAAGUACGUAGAAGAGUUUAGAAUAAAUCCAAGUUGGGGUGUGAAAGAAUUUCAAACUCAUGUCAUGAGGGCCCAUAAUUGCACCAUUAUUAAAAAUCAAGCUUAUAUGGCAAAGAGGAAGGCAUUAGAUCUAAUCAAAGGGACUAAAGAAGAGCAAUUUGAUAUGUUGUGGGAUUACUGUGCUGAGCUAAGGAGGAGUAAUCCAGGGACUACAUGCAUUUUGAAGUUGGAUGAAAAUCCAAAAACAAUGGUCAAUGGUAGAAAAAGAUUUUUAAGAUUCUAUAUAUGUUUUGCAGCUUGCAAGCAGGGGUUCUUAGCUGGAUGUCGACCCAUAAUAGGGGUUGAUGGAUGUCAUUUGAAAGGACACCAAAAGGGGAAGGGGGGGGGGGGGGGGGGGGGCUAUUGACAGCAGUAGGCAUUGAUGGAAACAACAACAUAUAUCCUAUUGCAUUCGCAGUAGUGGAAGGUGAACUGAAGGAAACAUGGAGUUGGUUUCUUACACUUCUUGAUGAGGACCUAAGAAUCUCACAAAACCCUUUUGCAUGGACUUUCAUUUCUGAUAAGCAAAAGGGAUUACUUCCAGCAUUUGAUGAGAUAAUGCCAGAUGUUGCACACAGGUUUUUUGUGAGGCAUCUGCACAACAAUUUCAAGACGGAAGGUUUUGGAGGACAAGCACUGAAAGAUAUCCUAUGGAAAGCUGCCAAGGCAACUACAGAACCUGAAUUUUCCAAACAUAUGGAAGGAAUGGCAAAAUUAGAUCCAAAAGCCCCUAAAUGGUUUAUUAAUAAGCCUCCCAUUCACUAG